CUGUCUCUUUACGCCUCACCGUCGUCCCUCUCCCUUCUUUUUUUCCAGAACUAAAGUUUCAUCACUCCGCUUUCCUUCGUUGCAUUGGUGAAGAGGGAUGACGCGUAAUUCGUACCUGUGAGAGAUGUCUCGCGCCGGCCGGGCACGCGGCCUUGAUGGGGAGGGGGGUGGAUGAUGAGGAUGCGGAUGCCAUGGUAACAGGCCGAUUACACCCAGACCUUUUAUAUGCACCUUUAUUUAUUUAUUUGGGACUCCUUUUAGCGCGCCUAUGUCUGCUCCGCCUUUGGCUCUGAGUUAUGUAAAGAGCGCACAAGUGGACUCGGAACACUCCUGCGAAGGACUCGAGUAGAUCAACAAGUUGUGUUACGGUUGUUUUUCCCCCCUUUCCUCAAGAAGCAGCUGUGAGUCUGUCGUCGGAGGGGAGAGAGGACGCCGCCUGUCAUCUGAACACAAUGCCACUGAAAGUCGGCAGAAGUGAGGAUGGAUCCAGACAGCUGGUUCUGAUGUUUUGAUGAGCAGAACACCAGAACCAAGUUGAGUUCGGUGGACCAGCGCUGCUUUUAGUGAGCCGAGCCGAGCGCCUCCGUCACCGGAGGACAGCGUCUCCGCGCGCCUUCCGUCAUGAUGGAUGUGGCUUUUCCGCUCCGAUGCUGAGCAUGACCGCGCGUCGCGGCUUCCGUGGAAGCAUGGGCUGACAUUAGAGGGGCAGUUUAGACCCAAACGUGCCUCAGACAGUGUGCUUUUCUCCGUGCGUGUCAGAAUGGAGUCGUGCGUCUCGGAGCGUGCGCCUGUAAGCGCCACGUUGUUAAAAAAGAAUGAAGCGUCCUUGUCAUUUAUUCUGGGUUAAGCGCUCCCCUUCCCGCCUCAAACGACCCCUUAUGUAAAGACACUGACACCCCGAAUGAGAAGUGUGGAUGUAAAAGGCUUUUCGUCGAGCGCCGUUUAUACCGGGGAGCCGGUGCCGGCAUGACCGGAGUCGGAGCGUUGAGGGCGGCUGUGGCGAGGAGAGGGAGGGCCUCGGGCGGAGAGCAACGUUUCAAGGACGAGGAAGGAGGAAGGAUGCAGGAACAUCUGUGAGGACAAACCUGACUCUUUGAAAGAAAGCAGAAGAAUGAGGCUGCUUCUGUGACAGCGAGGGGAGGAAGUACGGAAUCAUCUGCAUGGGGCCAUUUCCAAGGGCACCGAGGUAAGGAUGGAAACGUUACUGGGGAGAUGGUGGGGGUGUGAGCUGUCAGCUCCAUGAGAAUCAGUUCAGACUCUCAGUCUCUGUUGCUUCUGCUAAUACCAAGUCUGACAUCUUCACUGAUAAUCUGGACAGGUGAGAAUAUUAAACAGCAGCUCUCCUGAAGGGGUGAGGGACAGCCUACAGGUUCUAGACCCAUGACACUUCUCCUCCCUGGGCUGGGAUGGAUGGAGCCGGGAGUACCCCUGGUAGUGCUGGGGGGUCUGGAGGAGACAGUCUGCCCAGACGGAGUGAUGGGGACUUAAAGAGACGUAGCAAAGGCAGCCUUCCGUCUCCAGGUUACAGACUGUCCCAAGCCUCGCUGGAAGGAGAAAAGGGCUCCUUUGGGGCAGACAGCUCCUCAUCAGGUGGACGGGGCCGCCGUCCCUCCAUCAUGAGCUCUUCCCCCAGGGAUGGCAUUCCCUUCCGCCCUGCAGGCACCCCAACCACACCGUUCCCUCUGCCUCUGCCACCUCCAACCUCGUCCUCCGGCUCAGCCCAUCCUCCUCCACGCUCAGUGGGCUUUGCCACGUCCCGUGCCGCCCUGGCCUCCACCUCCUCCACCGGGACGGGAGUCAUGGUGGUGGCCACAGGCGCAGAGACGACCACCACCGCCUGCAACACCUAUGCCGCGGGGACCCCGGAGCUGAUGGGUUCGUCUGGACUAGGCGGGUUUGGGAUGAGUCUGGACGGGGAGGACUACAGCCAGUCCAACCAGAGCACCUUCAUCCAGAGACAGUUUGGAGCCAUGCUGCUGCCAGGGGUCAACAAGUUCAGCUUGCGCAUGUUUGGAUCUCACAAAGCUGUGGCCUUGGAGCAGGAGAGGCUGAAGUCAGCAGGGGCGUGGAUCAUACAUCCUUACAGUGACUUCAGAUUCUACUGGGACUUGUUGAUGCUACUGUUGAUGAUGGGCAACCUAAUCGUCCUGCCUGUUGGCAUCACGUUCUUUCGGGAUGAGAACACUCCGUCGUGGAUCAUCUUCAACGUGGUCUCUGACACCCUCUUCAUGGUUGACCUGGUUCUCAACUUUAGGACUGGCAUCGUAAAGGAGGACAGCACAGAGAUCUUGCUUGACCCCAGAGAAAUCCGCCAGAACUACUUGAAGAGCUGGUUCCUCGUGGACUUUGUGUCAUCCAUCCCAGUGGACUACAUCUUCCUGAUGGUGGACAGUCUGGACUCGGAGGUCUACAGGACGGCCAGGGCGCUGCGAAUAGUCCGCUUCACUAAAAUCCUCAGCCUGCUUCGGCUGCUCCGCCUGUCCAGACUCAUCCGCUACAUCCAUCAGUGGGAAGAGAUCUUCCACAUGACCUAUGACCUGGCCAGUGCCAUGGUGAGGAUCGUAAACCUGAUCGGUAUGAUGCUCCUGCUGUGCCACUGGGAUGGUUGUCUCCAGUUUCUGGUCCCCAUGCUGCAGGACUUUCCUUCUGACUGCUGGGUUUCCAAGAACCUGAUGGUGAAUGACACAUGGGGCGUGCAGUACUCCUAUGCUCUGUUCAAAGCCAUGAGCCACAUGUUGUGUAUCGGGUACGGUGCCCAGGCUCCUGAAGGGAUGACCGAUGUGUGGCUCACCAUGCUCAGCAUGAUUGUUGGCGCCACCUGCUACGCCAUGUUCAUUGGCCACGCCACAGCUCUCAUACAGUCACUGGACUCCUCGAGACGACAGUAUCAGGAGAAGUACAAGCAGGUGGAGCAGUAUAUGUCCUUCCACAAGCUUCCUGCAGACCUACGACAAAAGAUCCACGAGUAUUAUGAGCAUCGCUUCCAGGGGAAAAUGUUUGAUGAGGAGAACAUUCUGGGAGAGCUUAGUGAGCCGCUGAAGGAGGAGAUAGUCAGUUUCAACUGCCGUAGCCUGGUGGCUAACAUGCCCUUGUUUGCUAACGCCGAUCCAAACUUUGUGACGGCCGUGCUGACCAAGCUCCGCUUCGAGGUGUUUCAGCCAUCUGAUUUUAUCAUACGUGAGGGAACGGUUGGACGAAAGAUGUAUUUUAUUCAGCAUGGACGGGUCAGUGUGCUGACCCGAGGCAAUAAAGAGACCAAACUGAGCGAUGGGUCCUACUUUGGGGAGAUUUGUCUGUUGACUCGUGGACGGAGGACAGCCAGUGUCCGUGCUGACACAUACUGUCGUUUGUAUUCUCUCAGCGUGGACAGCUUUAAUGAGGUUUUAGAAGAACACCCAAUGAUGAGGCGUGCCUUUGAAACUGUUGCUGUUGACCGCUUGGACCGUAUUGGCAGAAAAAACUCUAUGCUGCUGCGCAAGUCGUCCCAGGGAGGGUCUCUAGGUGGCAGCAUGGGUCGUGGUGGAGGCCGCGGUGGAGGUGCAGGUGGACUUGCAGCAGGAGGUUUGGGUUCCUGUGACAGCAUGCUGGUGCAGCAGAUUGUUAAACACGACAGCAUGCCAGCCAUGCAGGACACCAUAGCAGCGGCUGCUGCAGGAAGAAGCAGCAUGAUCGGAGGUAGUGGCACAGUGUCUCCUCGACCAUGUCCCGUCAUCUGGGCACCAUUGGUCCACGCUCCCCUGCAGACUGCAGCAGCCACCAGUAAUGUUGCCAUUGCCCUUAUGCACCAGCAGCAGCAGCAGCAGCAGCAGCAGCUCCACCAGCUGCAGCAGCAGCAUGCUCUCGGAGCAGGUUUCUUCCUGCCUUCCCCUCUGAUUUCUCCUUCUCCCUCAUCCUCCUUUCCUCUUUCGCCUCCACGUGCUCCUGUGCUACAACCCCUCCGCCCCUCUGUGAGCUCUCUCAUUGGGAUGAUGGCGAUGGGAGGAAUGAGUGGUUUGUCCCCGAGAGGAUUUCCUGUUUCCCCUUCAACUAUGGGCCCCCCAGGCGGAGUGACAUCACCUCCAGUUGCUAAAACACCACCCACUCCAGCUUCUUCUGUCCCGGCAUCCAUGCAACAGGGACGGACUCUUCUCUAUGGUCCUCGCUUUCAGGUGGACCAUCCCUCGAUCACUGCUGGAGCACUUGGGACCCCAGCAGCGGGAGGACCACCUUCACCACUUCACAAGGUACCAACCCCCAAUCCACCUGCGGCUUCUGCUGGCCCAUCAGAUGGCAGCGCGUACCAACAGGGUGCAAAAGAAGCGCUGUUACGUCACGGAGGAAACAGCUGCCAGGGUUUGCCAGCACUGGGCCGACUCACCCAGGAGGCCAGGCUGCUGUCAGCCUCACAACCCACGCUCCCUCACCGCUCCUGGGCUGCAGUGCAAUCCCACCCUCCUCUCCAUCGGAAGGCCUCUGGAGGGAAUUUAUUGGCGGCUCCUUUUUUUGUUGGGCAGCUGGCCAGGGGCAGCAGUGCCGGCAUCCUGACCUCUAACCCCCCAUUACAGUUGCUGACAAAUUUACAAUUUGCUGCACAAGGAGAAGCCACCUUUCCCAUUCAGCCUCCCAUAACACACGCUAUUCCUGUUAACACAGCUGCCUACACACAAGCUACAGCUCACUCUCCCUCUGUACCUGCACCCUCUGUACCUGCACCCUCUGUACCUGCACACUUAACCUCUACACCUUCUGCAUCAUCCUCUUCUCCUCCAAAGCAGACCUCACUCUCUUCUUCAACCACAUCUUUGUCCCCUUCGCCUAUACUUUCCCACACAACUCGCCCAAAGCCCAUUCCAACGCCUCCUUCUCGUUCCUCUUCUCCUCCCCCCUGCUCCACUCCACCAUCAGCCGGAACAAGCCCAUUGUCCACUCCCCGUCCCAAGCCAAUUCCUACACCAUCUCCUCGCUCCUCCUCUCCCUCCCCCUCAUCCACACCUCCUUCCUCUUCUGUUUCCACUCCAGUUCCUCUAGCUCAGCCUUACGGGCCCAGGUCAUCAUUCACAUCUUCGUCCCCCCCAUCUUCUCUGCUCUCUUCUUCCCCACCACAUCCUCCAAGCCCUAGAGCCAAGGCAUCCAGCACGCCUCCUUCUGCCUCUCCACUAUCUGGCCCAAGCCCCACCCUGACCCCAGUUGCUUCACCAGUACCGACGCCUACUCAGACAUCUCGCACCCAGCCUUCUACUCCAACCCAGACACUCACUCCUACAUCCUCCCCAUCUCCCGUCCCCACCACAUCCGCCCCCUCCUUGAGUAAGUCCCAGAUUCCAAUACCUUGUCUCCAACCUUCUGUCUCCCCCUCCGCCAGAGGUCCCACCUCAAGCCAGUCCCCAAAACAAGCUUCCCCUCUUACCCCACCCCAAACUUCCACCCCUGCUCCAACAGUUGUUGGUGUCAACGUCCAAACAAAAGUUACCUUUUCUGUUCAUCCGGUGAAGCAAACGUCUCCUCAGAUAUCCACCUCUUCACCCAAUCAGACAGCACACACAGCCAACAUCGCCUCGCCUAAAGGAGGGAAACAGGACCCUCAGCUGACGGUGACCAGAAAAGACUCAGAGGGACUGAGGCACAAGCUUCCCGCGAACAUGUGAGAGGACAAUUUCAUGUUGCUGAACAAGCCAUGGCUGUGCAGACUCGUGUCGGAGGCGCCACCAGACACUCAUAAACCGUACGUACAUUUUAAAUUCACUCUAGGAUGUGGUUGACUUUGAAUAUCAGGUGAUAUUCAUCAUGUGACUCUCAGCUGAGCCGUGGAUCAAAGAGAAGGACUUUGAGGAAUUUUGCCAAGAAGAGAGCCUAAUAAACAUGUCACAUGUA